AUGGGCUCAGCAGCUGCCGGGCGUGGAGCUGCGGGCCGGGCCGCCGAGGCCCCCGGGGGCGCGCAGGGAGCUCCGUCCCGCCGCGGCCCGAUGGCAGCCGGAGCCCUAGUGUCCGGGAGGCGCGCGGCCGCCCAGCUCGCGGAGCCCCCCCCCGCGGAGCCCCCCCCCCCCCCCCGCGCAGCGCCCCCCGGCCCGGGUGGGUGCAGCCGGCCGGCGCCCGCGCUCCCUCCGCGCGGCCUAAGGAGGAGCGGAGGCGAGGACCGCUGCGAGCCCCGUCGCCGCCGCCGCGGGCUCCCGAAGCGGAAAGCGAGCAGUGACGCCCUUCCCCGCCUCCCGUGCUCCCCUCCGCUCGCCCUCUCCCGCCUUCGCCGACAAGAUUUACGAGAGGUUAACUGGAGGACAGAGGACAUACAUCCCACGGUGCCAAAUCCCUACAACUUGCUCAGCACCUUACCCCCAAGCCAUGUCUGGUAUACGGUGUUAGAUCUAAAAGAUGCAUUCUUCUGCCUGAGGUUAAGCUCUCAAAGCCAGCCUAUUUUUGCUUUUGAAUGGAAAGAUCCUGAGACGGGAUUCUCAGGACAACUCACUUGGACAAGGCUGCCGCAGGGAUUCAAAAACUCCCCCACUUUGUUGGAUGAGGCCUUGCAUCAGGAUUUGGCAGAUUUCAGAGUUGGCCAUCCGGACCUCGUCCUUCUGCAGUACGUGGAUGAUUUGCUCCUGGCGGCUAGGACAGAACAGGAUUGUGUAAAAGAAACCGAGUCCCCCUCCCUAGUAAUGCAUGAUUGCCACCAGAUCCUAGCUGAAGUCCAUGGCACCAGAGGGGACUUGACGGACCAGCCUUUGCCGGAUGCUGAAGCAACCUGGUACACCGAUGGGAGUAGCUUUCUACGAAAUGGUGAGCGUAAAGCCGGGGCAGCCGUGGUAGAUGGGAAAGCUGUCAUUUGGGCCAGCCUUAGACCUGGGACUUCAGCUCAAAGGGCAGAGCUUAUAGCCCUAACUCAGGCCCUAAGAAAGGCUAAGGACAAAAAGGUCAACAUUUAUACUGACAGCAGAUAUGCUUUUGCAACUGCCCAUGUUCAUGGAGAAAUAUACCGUAGAAGGGGUCUCCUAACCUCAGCAGGUAAAAACAUCAAAAACAGAGAAGAAAUACAAGAUCUUCUCCAUUCCCUCUUUCUGCCGAGAAAACUGAGUAUAAUUCACUGUCCUGGGCAUCAGCGAGGCAAUGACCCAGUAGCAGAGGGGAACAGGAUGGCCGAUGAGACAGCACGGGCCGCUGCACUAGGCCCACAGGCCCUCUCCCUACAAGUACCAGAGGCUGUCCGGACACCGGGGCAACUCUCUCUCGAGUACUCAGACAGCGACCUAGAUAUCCUCCAGCAAAUAGGGGCAAAAUAUGACGAGCAAAUGAAGGUCUGGAAACACCAAGGGAAGACGGUCCUGCCCCAGAAAAGGGCCAAAGAACUGGUGACUCACCUCCACCGAUGGACUCACCUCGGACACAAAAAAUUAAAAGCACUCCUCCGGAGAGAAGGUCAGACCUAUUACAUUCCCAAACUCCCCUCCCUGAUCCAACAGGUAACCGACGCUUGUGUACCUUGUGCUAAGGUAAAUACCAAACACCUCAAGAGGCCUGAGGGAACCAGGAUGAGGGGAGAAAGACCCGGAACUAAUUGGGAAGUAGACUUCACCGAAAUCAAGCCAGGUAAAUAUGGUAACAAGUACCUCCUAGUGUUUAUAGAUACCUUUUCAGGCUGGACAGAAGCUUUCCCCACCAAGCGAGAAACCGCCCAGGUGGUUGUCAAGAAAAUCCUGGAAGAAAUUUUCCCCGGGUUUGGACUGCCCAAGGUAAUAGGGUCGGACAACGGCCCCGCCUUCGUCUCCCAGGACAGGCUAAAGGCGCUCCAGAUUAUCCAGCACCAGAUCUGGAAACCCCUUGCGGCUGUCUACCGCCCCGGAGACACAACCGGCCCACACCGGUUCCAGAUCGGGGACUCCGUCUACGUCAGGAGACAUCAGUCCAGGACGCUUGAGCCCCGCUGGAAGGGCCCAUAUACUGUCCUACUGACCACCCCAACCGCCUUAAAGGUAGACGGCAUUGCUGCUUGGGUCCACGCCUCACACGUCCAGCGCGCCCCAUCAACGAGCACCGCUGACGCCAGCCAGGACGGACCGGACGAGCCGCUCCAAUGGAAGCUCCACCGCACCCAAAACCCGCUCAAGAUAAGACUUUCAAAAAUUGUUCAAUGACAGUUGUUAUAUUCCUACCUCUCCUAGCGCUCUUCACCUCCGCCAAAGUUAUCCUGCUCCUGCUGCUAACUUUCGGCCCCUGCGUCCUCUACCGGCUGCUCCAGUUCAUCCGAGAAAGAUUGUCUAUUACCCAAGCUCUGGUAUUAACUCAGCAAUGUCGGGCCCUCCAAACUGAAGAAAUAAAUGUUCCCUAAGAUUUUAAGGUUAAAAUCAGCCCAAACAAGAGGAGGGAAUGAAGAAACCUCCCCCCUUGUAAGUAGGGCCAGCCCUAACCCAGAGGCAGCCCAUCCAGGCGCCUUCCUGAAAUUUUAGCAACAAAAAGCAUUCUGUUCACAAUAAGAAAACCAUUUCCCCCCACACCCUGAUUGGAAUGUCCCUGAAUAGGUUCAUGUUGACCCUCCCCGAAAUCGACCUGGACGCUAUGCGACUCCCGUGGUUCUUUUGCCUUUAGGCGGUUUCUUUCCUUUUGCCUUUAAAAGAUCCCUGUAAUUGCUAAUCGGGGCUCUUUUCCUCCUCGGAGGCGGAGAGCCCGUUUGCGCAAACGUUCAA